AUGCAGACCUCAUUAUCUGCUACUGUUUGCCUUAGCCUCCUCCUUCCCGCCGUUCCCACCCUUUGCAACCCUCUAUCUGCAGGAACCUCGAACACUGAUUCCAUCCGCCAUGAGGAUGUUCGAAUCCAACCAUUGAAAUCGGUCAACACCGCCCAUCCGCUCGCAGUACGCGCCCCCGACGACACUUCGCUCUGUAAGAGCGACGAGAAGAUAUGCGCCUUCUGGUGUAUUCCAAAGGACCAGCACUGCGGCUGGAAUGACGGCCCGCACCCCUGGCCCAGGAGCUUGGACAGCCCUGACCCUUCGCAGGAGUUGACAGCACGCUCUCCUGACGGCUGGGGGUGCUCCGACGAUAAUUACCGAUGCGGUAUUAUGUGUAUUGGCAAGGAUGAGCCAUGCAAUAGUAAAACAGGUGGCUGGGAUUGGUGGCGACGGAGUCUUGAGGAACAUACUCAUGCUUUGGCCGCGCGCUCGCCUGAUUGGGGAUGUUCGGAGGACAACAAGCGAUGCGGUAUAAUGUGUAUUGGCAAGGAUGAACCAUGCAAUAGUGAAACCGGCGGCUGGGGUUGGUGGCCAAGAAGUCUUGAGAAGGACGAUUCUCAUGCUCUGGCCGUACGCUCGCCUGACUGGGGAUGUGCGGAGGACAACAAGCGAUGCGGUCUACUCUGUAUUCCAAAGGACGAGAAAUGUGACCAUAACUAUGGGUGCUCUGCCGACAACAAGCGGUGCGGCUGGAUGUGCAUUGACAAAAAUCAGGAGUGCAAUGAGGAGACUGGCGGUUGGAAUUGGUGGCGAAGGAGUCUUGAGGAGGACAAUACUCAUGCUCUGGCAGUGCGUUCGCCUGAUUGGGGAUGUGCUGAGGACAACAAGCGCUGCGGUAUCAUGUGCAUUCCGAAAGACGAAAAAUGCGACCCGAACUACGGGUGCUCCGAUGAUAACAAGCGGUGCGGCAUGAUGUGUAUUGACAAGAAUACGGAGUGCAACAGUGAGACUGGCGGUUGGGAUUGGUGGCGUCGAAGCCUUGAGGCCAAUCCCCAUUCUCUCGCAGUGCGCUCACCCGAUGGCUUGUGGUGCUCUGAUGACAAUCAGAGGUGCGGCUGGAUGUGCAUUUCCAAGGAUGAGCAAUGUUGUGGCAACCAAGGCAGCUGCGGUGCGAAUGAAGAAUGCCACAAGAACGAUAACGGGGAGUAUGGCUGCUGUGCCAAAGGAGAGACUUGCACAAACAGCAAUGGCACCUGGUUCCAUGGCGUCAGGCAAGUUGGCAAUGAUAUCAAAGAUGGCGUGAAGGAUGUUGUCGGUGGUGGAGCUGCUGAUUUGCGGCCUGGGAUGGCUCCUGUCUGGAUGUUGACCUCUACCUUUAUUGUCGCUCUGCUGCUUUAG